AUGGUCAGACUCUGUACAAGCCAAUUACUCUUGGUGGUCACUGUGGUCUUCAUGUGUGGCAGUAUCCAUGCCAGAAGUUCAUUAAAGGUGAUAAGGAAAUUCCAAGACAUCCCCUCAAACUAUGUCUAUGCACAGCAGGCCCUAUGGUUUUCCAUGAAAGACUUCAACAAGAACAGCAAUGACAAAUAUUCCUUCAAGGUAGUAAAAAUUUUGAAAGUCCAGGAGCAGGUCGCAGAGAGUUUGAACUACUUUCUAGUGGUCAAAAUUGCUCGAACAACAUGCAAGAAAUUUUCAGGAGAAAAUGGGCACUGCUUAAUUCAAAAGAAUCCAAAAAUGAAAAAGAUGCUUCUUUGCAACUUCAUUGUUGCAUUCAAACCCUGGACUUUUGAACACUAUAUGUUGAAAAAACAAUGCAAAGAUGUCUAA